AUGCCUCGACGCAAGUGGAUUGACAAGAAGUCGGCGUCGCACUUCACGCUCGUGCACCGGCCCCAAAAUGAUCCGCGCAUCCACGAUGAGUCGGCACCGGCCAUGGUGCUGAACCCGACAGAGACACCGAAUGCGCACAAGUCCAAGAAACUCGACGAGCUGGCCUCGCAGCUGGGCGAGGAGGCCGAGCAGAUCCGGUCCAACGAGGGCGAAGCGGCCAACUAUGGCGUCUACUUUGACGACUCGUCAUACGACUACAUGCAGCAUCUCCGGGAGAUUGGCAGCGGCGGUGGCGAGGCCGUCUUUGUCGAGUCGUCGGCAUCGCUGAACAAGGACAAGGGGAAGCAGAAGCAGCCGCUGGCCGAGGCGCUGAAGCAGAUGGACCUGCAGGACCGGUCCGAAGACCUGUUGGACGAGGACAUUCUGCCGUCCAAGAACUUGCAGCGGGUGACGUACCAGAACCAGCAGGACGUGCCCGACGUCAUUGCCGGCUUCAAGCCGGACAUGGACCCGCGGCUGCGGGAGGUUCUGGAGGCGCUUGAGGACGAGGAGUACGUAGACGACAACGACGAUGACCUGUUCAAGCAGCUGGCCAAGGACGGCGAGGAGCUGGACGUAUAUGCGUUUGAGGACACGUACUCGGAGCAGGCCUUUGACGACGAGGAUGACGAGGGCUGGGAGUCGGACGCGACCGAGCGACCAGCCAAGGCCCGCAGCGAGGACGGCGAGGGCGAGGACCAAGACCGGGUUCCCGACCUGGUCGACACGGCGACAACGGGCAAUGGGCCGCGGCCAUCGGAGGCGUGGAUGGAGGACUUCAACCAGUUCAAAAAGGACCAAAAGGACCAGACCAAGACGCGCAAGCCGAUCGUGCCGGCCAUGUCGGAGAUCCAGUCGUCGAUCUGGACGACGACGACCAAUGGUGGCCGCAAGAAGAAGAGAAAGGGGGCGCUGACGCAGCAGUCGGGCUUCUCGAUGACAUCGUCGUCGCUCGUGCGCACAGAGCAGCUCACGCUGCUGGACGCGCGCUUCGACAAGAUCGACGAGCUGUACAACGAGGACAUGGACGACAUGAAGUCGGUGUCGGCCUUCUCGUCCGCCUCCAGCGUGCAGGGGCCGAUGCGCGGCGACUUUGACAACAUCAUGGAUGACUUCCUGGGCGGCUACUCGAUGCAGGGCAAGCGAUCGAUCCGCAAAGGCCGGCCCCAGACCGGCAUCGAGCAGCUCGAGGAGAUCCGUCAAGGCCUGGGGCCUGCACGGCUGACGACGCGGCGGAAAUAG